AUGAUUAAUCUUGAGAGCAGCUCAUUGGCAGGCAUUGACAUCGAGGAUUCGAGGACAGCCCCUCCUCCAGGUGAGCGUCAUUCGGCUUCCCUUAUGCAGCAUAGUUCUGGGCCCUCAUUGUCAGAUGAGCCAAGCAAGAACAACCGCAAUUUUGCUGCUGGCUUGCCAAAACAACCUAACCUAUCACCCAGCUGUACCCAAUCACAUCGAAUCCGCUGCGGCCGAAAGUCCGGACAAACCAUCCCGAACCACCAGCAAAGGGAAGUAAGUCUGGGCUUCAGGGCUUACUUACGCGAGAUCUUCCGUUAA